AAUGCAACGUAUGGGAUGCCAACUGCUGUAAAACAUAAGCGGAGAAGAAGAAGAAGAAGAAGGCGGAAGGGGCGGGCCAAACAUAAGAGGAGGGAGGGAAAUGGUGCUAUCAUCAUGGCGGGAUGCAUGAAAAUGAUAAACAAUUAUACCUCAAUAAGUGCUACAUUAAUGGUUUUCACGGUGCUGCUUGUAGGUUUAUCUCACACUUCAGGAUACCAGGAUACGGGUAACCAAAAUCCAGUAAUUGAUCUCAAGGAUGGAGAGGAGUACGUCAUGUCAGGGUCCAACAGGUUCUGUUACAAAAACUCUGUGGUGCCAACUUGGAGGCAAACAUGGACAAGAAUUCAGAUCAAAGUGUGGAGUUCCAACGUGUUUAAGGUGGAAACUGUGGAGGGGGAGGAGGAGUUGCGGGAGCUGGAACGAUUCAGCGUCUGGAGCUGGUUUCAGAGCUUGUUACGUGAGCGGCACAAUGAGACCACUAUUAACAUCAAUCUGUUCAGCAAGGAGACGUGCUUCAAGAUCGACCCUGCGGACAGAACAAAGUUCACUGUCCAGCCCCUUCGUAAGUUUGAUAUCUAUCUGUUUUUGGUAUUCCUCGCCGGAGCAUUGUUGUUCCUCUUUGCAGAAUCACUCAGCAGGAGUCAAGCUUUCUUCUACUCCGCUGGUAUGAGCACAGGCAUGAUCGCCUCUCUCAUCAUCCUCUUUUUUAUUUUGGCACGCUUAUUGCCAAAGAAAAGCCCUUUUUAUGUCUUGAUUGUUGGCGGCUGGUCGUUUUCUGUGUACGCCAUCCAGUUUGUCUGCAGGAACCUUGGUGUAAUUCUGCGAGAACACUGGAACAUCGCACUAGGUUAUGUAGCAGUGGUGGGAUUCAUCACGUUUGCUGUGUGUUACCGUUACGGUCCCCUGGUGGAUGAGAAGAGCAUUAACAUCUUGUCGUGGACGCUGCAGCUCUUUGGUCUGCUCCUGAUUUAUCUAGGGAUUCAAAUCCAGCAAGUUGCCUUCUCCAUCAUCGUGGCAGCUGUGUUUUCCAAACAUCUGGAGUACCCAGUCUCUCUGACACUUGCCGCGUUGAGGAGAAUCAAAAGAUACAUUCACUGGAAGCCAGAGCCACGUCGCCUGUUGACUGAGGAGGAGUUUCAGAAGCAGGGAGAGGAAGAGACUUUGCGUGCCCUGGAAGAGCUGAGGAAGUACUGCAACAGCCCAGAGUUCAGCCCAUGGAAGACGGUGUCCAGGCUUCAGUCUCCGAAAAGGUUUGCUGAUUUCAUUGAAGGGUCCCCUCACUUGAUGUCAAAUGAGGUGUCCGUGCACGCGCAGGAAUACGGCUUUGGGGGAACUUUUUUUGAGGAUGAUUUUUUUGACACGGAUGACGACGAGGAAGACGACAUUAAGCCUAUGAUGAGACCCGAGUGAGACACCACUGUGUUAAAAGGCGAAUGAAAAUAGAUACGAUUAUAUUAUUGCCUUUCAGCAAGGUGGCCGGAGAACCGCUCUCCGUGGCUUCUGUGCUAACGUCCCGACUGACUUCGGAGUGACUACGGGACUGUGAUUUCAGUCACAAGAGGCACCACGCACACA